AUGGCUACAGUGCGCAUCUGCGUCUGCGGGGAUGAGGGCACUGGCAAGUCCAGUCUCAUCACCUCUCUCGUGAAGGGUGUCUUCGUGACGAACAAAAUUCAGCCCGUCCUACCUCAAAUUACCAUUCCUCCCACGAUCGGAACGCCUGAGAAUGUCACGACCACCACGGUGGUGGACACCUCCGCUUUACCGCAGGAGCGGAGCAACCUGGCCCGGGAAAUCAGAAAGUCGAACGUGAUUCUGUUGGUUUAUUCCGAUCAUUACAGCUAUGAAAGAGUCGCUCUAUUCUGGUUGCCGUACUUUCGAUCUCUGGGGGUUAACGUGCCGGUUGUAUUAUGCGCCAACAAGUCGGACUUAGCUGCCGAUCAUAUCGAAGCCCAAGUCAUCGAGGAGGAAAUGCUACCGGUGAUGGCGGAGUUCAAGGAAAUCGAUUCCUGUAUACGUACCAGCGCACGCGAACAUCGCAAUGUGAACGAGGCUUUCUUCCUUUGUCAAAAAGCCGUCACUCACCCGAUCGCUCCGCUGUUCGAUUCGAAGGAGUCCGCGCUGAAGCCAGCAGCGGUUGCAGCCUUACAACGCAUAUUCUACCUGAGCGACAAGGAUCGAGAUGGGUAUCUUUCGGAUAAAGAAAUCGAAGAUUUUCAGAUGAGAUGCUUUGAUAAGCCUUUGAGCAAGGAGGACCUUGUCCACAUCAAAGAGACGAUCCAGAAAACACACCCGGACUCUGUGACCCCAUUUGGCAUUGACUGCCGAGGGUUCAUACAUUUGAACAAGAUGUACGCAGAAAAGGGACGCCACGAGACCGUCUGGAUUAUUCUACGAGCAUUCCAAUACACCGACAAUCUUUCACUGCAAGAGAGCUUCCUUCAUCCCCGAUUCGAAGUACCGCCUUUUGCAUCUGCUGAGCUGUCCCCGGAAGGAUAUCGGUUUUUUGUAAAUCUCUUCCUGCUGUCGGACAAAGACAAUGAUGGUGGCUUGAAUGACGCCGAAUUGGCGUCCUUGUUCGCCCCUACUCCCGGUCUCCCAGCUUCUUGGGCGGACGGCUCAUUUCCUUCCUCCACAGUCCGGAAUGAGGCUGGCCACGUCACUCUUCAAGGCUGGCUCGCUCAGUGGAGUAUGACAACAUUUCAAUCACCUAAGACGACUCUUGAGUAUCUGGCUUAUCUUGGCUUCGAGUCGUCCGAUAGGAGUAAUCCCUCUACAACGGCUGCCUUGAAAGUCACGCGGCCGCGAAAGAAACGAAAGCGUCCUGGACGUGUGGGCCGUAACGUCGUCUUGGGCCACGUGGUUGGAGCUCCAGGAUCGGGCAAAUCAGCGCUUCUCGACGCAUUCCUCGCGCGUGGCUUCAGCCACACUUAUCGUCCGACUAUCCAGCCCCGGACUGCUGUGAACACGGUUGAGCUCCCCGGGGGUAAACAAUGCUACUUGAUUUUGGAUGAGCUAGGAGAACUGGAGCCCGCCAUUCUUGAAAACCAGGCGAAGCUUCUGGAUCAGUGCGACGUCAUUGUAUACACGUAUGAUUCCUCAGACCCGGACUCCUUUGCCUACAUCCCCCAGCUACGAUCCAAGUAUCCGCAUAUUGAAGAGCUCCCGAGUGUUUUUAUUGCGCUUAAGGCCGAUCUGGAUCGUACCACGCAACGGGCUGAGCAUCAGCCCCACGAGUACACGGCCAUGUUGAAUAUGCCGAGUCCGCCGCUCCAUGUCAGUGCUACUUGGAGUUCCAUCCAAGAGGUGUUUGUACACAUUGCAGAGGCUGCAAUGGAGCCCAGCACUGCUUUUCCCCGGAGUGAGGAAGACGUGGAGGGAAAAUGGAUGGCCUGGGGUAUAGCACUUGGAGCAGUGGUUUGCGCUGGGGCUGCUGCCGUGAUGAUUUGGCGAAGAGUUAGUGGUAGCGGAUAG